GUGUGUGUGUGUGUGUGUGUGUGUGUGUGUGUGUGUGUGUGUGUGUGUGUGUGUGUGUGUGAAUGCGGGUCACCAUGUCGCAGCUGCUGCAUUUGGAGAUCCCGAACUUUGGCAGCGCGGUCCUGGUGUCUCUGAACGAGCAGCGGCUGCAGGGUCUGUACUGCGACGUGUCCAUCGUGGUGAAGGGCCAGGCGUUCAGGGCGCAUCGCGCCGUCCUCGCCGCCAGCAGCCUUUACUUCCGCGACCUGUUCAGCGGCAGCACCAAAUCCGAAUUCGAGCUACCAUCAUCCGUCACUCCGGCCUGCUUCCAGCAAAUCCUGUCCUUCUGCUACACGGGGAAGUUGACGAUGGCGGCCAGCGAGCAGCUGGUGGUCAUGUAUACAGCCGGGUACCUGCAGAUCCAGCACAUCGUCGAGAGGGGCAUGGAGCUCAUGUUCAAGGCCAACUCGCCUCACUGUGACUCGGCCACCGCUGCCACGGACGAGCCCGGCUCCGAGCCUCAGAGUCCCAACAACAACAACAACAACAACAGCGCGGGAAACGCCAUAGCGGCGACAGCGGCGGCCAUGUUGGCUCCUCCCAGCUGGUCACCUUCUCUCCGCAGGGUGAAGACGGAGGGCAGCGAGGUGCCGCUCAGUCUUUUAGGAGGAGCCAAGAGGAGCUCUACGGUGCGAGGGAACUCGUUCUUCUAUCCCGGAAUGUACCACGUCAUGCCCGGAGAGCGCUCCAGCCCCGGGGCGUCCAGCCUGCCCACCACAGACAGCCCCACCUCCUACCAGAACGAGGACGAGGAGUUCGACGAGGAGAACUACGACGCGAUCGGCGACGACGCGUUCGCACACAUCUACAACCGAGCAACAAACUCGUACACAAUUACAGAUAAACCUGAGAUGGUUCCUGUGCCUCUGGAAAGUCGUCCUUGUGUCCUGCUGCGUCGUGAUUUAGUGGCUCUGCCCGCUAGCCUUAUUAGCCAAAUCGGCUACCGCUGCCACCCCAAACUCUACACUGAGGGCGACCCAGGGGAAAAACUCGAGCUAGUCGCAGGUACGGGAGUCUUCAUGACCAGAGGACAGCUGAUGAACUGCCACUUGUGCGCUGGUAUUAAACACAAGGUCUUGUUGAGGCGACUUCUUGCUACGUUCUUCGACAGAAACACUCUGGCGAACAGCUGUGGGACUGGAAUUCGUUCCUCGACCAGCGACCCGAGCAGAAAGCCUUUGGACAGCCGAGUUUUAAACGCAGUGAAACUCUACUGUCAGAUUGCGCCCAACUUUAAAGAGAGUGAGAUGAACGUGAUCGCGGCUGACAUGUGCACUAAUGCGCGUCGGGUGCGUAAACGAUGGCUCCCCAAGAUCAAGUCUAUGCUUCCCGAAGGCAUUGAUAUGUACCGGGGUUCAGGGGCGGGGCUUAACCUUGCCGUCCCGUUGACCUUUGACCCAGACUUCAAGCAGCUGCCGCUGUUUGGGGAGCAGAAGGAUGCUGUAAGAACUCAGCAGCGUCUGGACAGCGAGAGUCCGGAGCUCAUCGAGGGCCAAGUCGAGGAGGAAGAGGAGGAGGAAGGAGCCAUGACUGAGGGAGUGGAGGAGACUUUAGGAGCCAGUCCUCUUCUUUUAGGGGUCGAGGGCGGAGUUCAAGGUCGCCCCACGCAUGACGGACAGCAGGAGGCGGAGUUUGUGGAGGGUUUGAGGAUAAACGGGCAGUGAGAAAGCUAGGCAGGCGUUUUGAGCGUGAACGUUCGGCUGUUUCAGUACUGCUUUUAAUGCGCCCUUAUUAACUUCCUCUCGACAGAAAGUAGUGCAGGAGUUCGCUGAAGUGGAGUUCGUUAGACGACCUUGUAAAUGUGAGAUAUUUUGAAAAGAGGCCACACCUCCUCACCUGGGCCAGACACUGGCCACGCCCACAUUAUUAAGACUGAUAGGGACAGGGGCCACGUCUUUUUAUCUUGGGCCUGACUUUGGUUACGCCCACUUUGUUAAAACUGACAGGCACAGAGGCCACGCCUUUAUUACCAGGACUGAAAGAGGCCACGCCCCCUACAUGAUUCCAGGCCUCCUUUACUAAAACUGACUGAAAUGCGUCUCAGUGCACACUCCAGGUCUAUUCGAUUUUUUUCCCGAGUCAAUUAGGACGAAUUAAAAACAGUACUGAAACACUAUCGUGAGCAGCAGUGCAUGCUGGGUAGUCUGGAUUCAAAGAGCAAACACAGGCAUUGCUUAUGUACGAAGAAAAGAAUGAUUUGCACCCAUAAUUGUUUUUAGCCAAAAAACGCAGUGGAAAUCAAACCUCUCACGAGGCCUGAAAGCACCUCAGCGCUCUUCUUCUGGAGAUUCCUGCUUUUUUUAUUAUUUUAUUUCGCGAUGCACUGAAUGUUUUGGACUUUCCAGAGGGGAAAAAAAAAAUUCUCUCAAGAAAAAGAGCGAAAAGGAUCAGUUAAUCCGGCGUCCGUCGGGAAAACACUCUGCACGGGUGACAGAAGCUCAGACUGGUCCAUGAUCUCGCUCCAAAGAUACGGAAGUCAGGUUUUUAUAGCGAUACUCUGCCAUCGUCUCAUCUCAUCUCGUCUCAUCUCAUCUCAUCAGUAUUCACUCUUUAACUAGUUAUAUACCCUUCUAUUCCACAUGAUUUCACAGUAUUAAGAUAUAGAGUACAGAUGUUAAUUAGGGUUAAACAUCUGUAAAGUGUCAGAUCAAACAGAUAUUCGAGAUUUUAUUUUAUUGUUUUGAAAAAUUAGUUCCGGUUACUAUACAAGCCUGAGCGUGUGCCCUGGUGUCCCUACGCCAUCAGAAAAAGUAGUCCCGGCAUUACUUUUUUGACACCUGCUUUUUUUUUUUUUUUACAAUUAAUUUUUCACGUUGUGUUUUUACAUUUUUUUUUUAUUCGACCAAUCAGAGAGCCGAUUUCAGUAAUAAAAGCUCAGGAGAUUAUAUUUUUAAAUAGAACGAUUUUUUUAAGAACAAUUAAUUAUUCAUGAAAUAAUUCCCUGUAAUCUCAGUAAGCGAAGGUGAAUCUUCUGGAAUGCGUUUCAGUUUCAUGUGAAAGGUGUAACAGAAUUCCGUUUCCUGUAAAUCUCAUCCAGAUGAAGAUGAUGAUGAUGAUGAUGAUGAUGAUGAUGAAGAUGUUUGGAGACAAUGUAGAGUAUCAGAACAAUGCCUGUGUUUGUGUUGAGUCCCAGCUGUCAUUUAGAAUCAUACUGAAACUAACCAGAGCGUUUUUAUUUCCCCUCAUGAGACGGACGGAGCGAACGUACAGUGCAGUUCACACCGGAGUCUCGUAAUCCAGGACGCUUUCAUGCAACAACAUUUUUCGGAAAAAAACAACAACCCUGAAUUUUUUAUUUCCCAGCAUGUGGUUGGACUCGCGUCGGACUCCAUCGUGGCCCCGUUUAGAAAAACUUUUCACUGUGAGGGUCCGAUUUUCUUUUUUUUCCCGCUUAUGGUUCUCUACUGUAAAUUAUUUAAUAUGAGACUGGUUUUAUCCUUUUUAUCAUUUUUGCUGGCUUUUUUUUUCUUUUAUAUUUGCAUUUGCACUUGAACUUGAACUGAUGGAGGUGAUGAAGAAGUGACUUGAGCUCUUCACCCCCUUUUUUUUUUUUGUUUUGUUUGUUCUCCCUCGUUCUCCCGAUCCGAAUGGGGAAAAAAAAAUUGACGAAGAAAUUUCAGUGAAAUUUCAACACUACGAGCUCGGACACUUUCUCUCGUUUUUCGGGGGAUUUGUUUUAAAGUUUUAUUUUAUAUUCAGGACGUGUAAUCUAUAGCAAAUCUCUCAAAUCUCCAGCACUGCGCUCCUCCUUUCCUGCAUGUGUGUGUGUGUGUGUGUGUGUGUGUGUGUGUGUGUGUGUAAGACACAAAAUGUCUCAGAGUGUGUGGGAAGAGUACAUGAGACGAGUUUGUGAGAACGGUGUGUGAGAUAAAUGUGUAAAAGUUAGAUGAGUGUGAGAUUGAGACAGGUGUGUGAGAGUGAGAUGAGUCUAUGAGACAGGUGUGUGAGAUGAGUGUGUGAGAGUGAAACGAGUGUGUGAGAGUGAG